AUGGAUGAGGACGAGGUUGAGGACGAGACUGAGGACGAGACUGGAGACGAGGUCGAGGUGAAGGCUCCGGGAGAAGAAUUUCACAGCGGAGAGGCCGAGCUGCAGAUCAGGCAUGUGUCCUUUGGCGCUUUGCAGCAGGCCCAAGAUGCCGUGUCAAAGAAGCGCAAACGGACAUCAGAUGCGCACCUGGACCAAGACGAUAAGCUGGCGGCGCUGAGAGACCGACUACGACAAAUCAAAGCGCAGAAGACGGAAAAGCCAUCUAAGGAAAAGAAAGUGUCAGGCAGAACGAAAAAUGCCAAAUCGAUUGCUCGCGACGGCGACGAUGACGGUGAUGAUAGCGACGACUCAGACUCGGAUUCUGGUCCGUCUGAAGAGGACGUACCGAAUAAGUCGCGGACAUCUAAGCAUGCUCCAACUGCGCAGUCCACCAAGUACCAGGUCUCUCGAAAGCGGCAGGUGGUUGAUGUGCCCAAGAGAAACGUGCGAGAUCCCCGCUUUGAUGCCUUCCACCAACACGCGGAACCGAGCAACACGGACAAAGCAUAUAGCUUUCUCGACGACUACCAGAGGGACGAAAUCAAAGAGUUGAAGGCCGAGAUCAAGCGGACGAAAGAUGAGGACGACAAGCAGAUUCUGAGGCGCAAAGUCAAUAGCAUGGAGAAUCGACUAAAGGCCAAAGCCGCAAAAGAGCGCGAACAGGAGGUGGUGCGGCGGCAUCGGAAAGAGGAGAAGGCCAGGGUGGAGGAAGGCAAGACACCGUACUAUCUCAAGAAGAAGGAGAUUAAAGAGCAAGCUCUCGUGGAGAAAUUCAAGGGCAUGAAGAGCAAGGAGCGCCAGAAGUUGAUUGACAAGCGGCAGAAGAAGGAGAGCCAGAAGGAGAAGAAGAGAAUGCCCGAUGCAAGACGAAUGGCAUCUGGUUGA